UGAGAGAAGAAGCAAAAAAAAAAAACAGGAAAAAAUCGUCGGAAAAUUGCAUCGUCGCAACCCCCAUGUGUUGGCUGUAAAGUGUUGUGGCCCGGUGCCAAUGUGCAGCGCGGUCCGGUACCGGUACCGCAUUCCGGCGAACAACGGUGCUGCAACGGUGCCACUACUGCAACGGCGGUGCGCCCAGGUGCAAUGAACAACUCGUACGAAUACGACGCGACGAUGGAGUGUCGCGAGAACAACGGUGUCCUGCGUGGUGCCAUCAAACACACCAACCGAGGCUGUCUCCUGGACGGAGUUCCGCCUUCAGCUCCACCGGAUGUACCACCGCGCAAUCCAACCAUGAAUCGAAUGAAUGGACGCGUCACCGGCAAUCCUACCGAGCUGGGUGUAGACUUCGAACCGUCGUGUCUGGUCCGGACACCGUCCGGCAACGUUUACAUUCCGAGCGGAAAUCUAGCAAUUAACAACAAAGGAUCACCGAUAGACUACAAAACCGGUUCCGCCUGCUCGACACCUACGAAGGACACGCUGAAAAGCUACGAUCGCAACUGCAUGGGUCCGGUACUGCCGCCCCGCAGCACCAUGUGCGGUCCGCCGGCCCACCACUACUCGGCGCCACUCAACUUCCGCAAGGGCUUCACCUUCACCAAAUGUACAUGGAAGUGUACGGCUAUCUUAGUGAUACUAUUAAGUGUUAUACUCGUUAUAACAUUAUUAUUAACAGCAUCUAACGUAUUAAGUAUAUCAUAUCCAACCACCAACCCCUGUACAGUUCUAGUCGAUGAGAAGGCAGAAAUCUCCGCAGCCAAAAGCACGAUAGCGGACGCGAACCGGGCCGGCAUACCGGGUGGCGGCGGUGACGGGCUCGGCAUCGAUCAGUCCCUAUCGCAAUCCGCUUCCGGUCGGCCGAAACCCAUCGCGGCCGACGAAUCGUCUCCCGCGUCCUCAGCAGCAGCAGCGUCCGGUGGUGCGGGUUUGGCCGGGUCAUCCUCGCUGUCGGCCGCCUCCACGGCAGCGACCGGCAAGGCAGCCGGCGCCGGUGCGGCAGGAACAGGUACAGUAACCGAUAAGCGCAUUGUUGCAUCCUUACGUUCGGUAGAGUUGUUGCACGCGGUAGCUGAUAGUGCCGGCACCACCGCUAGGGUGAAGCCUGGUGACGUUGGUGGUGGUGUGAUGGUAGUUGCUAAGCGUUCCCGCCGUCAGACAACGGGUGACAGUAGCACCGGAACUGACACCGGCAGCACUGACCGCAACGAUGGGCCCACUGACGGACGGUUUGAUGAUAACGAUUUGUUGCAUGCUUCGGUGGUUGAUAUUGUGGCCCUAACCGCUUCGACAUCCGCUCCGCCGGACGGCAGCAAACAAGACACGCACGAGACGUGGUCUGGACGUGGUAACGAUGAGUUGCCUGCUUCUGUCCAACCAUUGACUAAUUUACUUGCGGCAGCGGUGGGUGAAACUGCUGUCAACAAUGAAACCGUUUACAAUGGACGCGCUGAUGGUGAUGAGCAUUCCCGAACCACCGGUACGGAUGGGGCACGUUCUGCUGAAGACAUCCAAGCGCCGGAUGACGAAGGCUUCGCUGGUAGCAUCGCACCGCGGCUAGAUAAUGGCAUUUUUAUCACUAAUGAUAAUGACUUGCCACCGUCUACCACGGUCACGGUGACGUCCUCAGGUACCUUGAAGACGUCUUCGGAAGGCAAUGUCCAAACGACACUCACCAAGGAAGUUAUCGACGCACGAUUCGGUGAGGAUGAGAAAUGGUCCAACGAUGACCCAUCGGCCGUACACGGUGGAAUUUACGGUCACGUACCGCUGGAUCAGUCGGAGGUAGCGCUGGUCAGCCUGGAGGAUGGGUUGGAACUCGGCAAGGAGCGCGAUAAGCACUACUACAAAACCAUCGAACAGGUGGCCCCCGAGAACACACCGGACCAGCGGGAAGAGGUAAGAAUUCACACACUGCCCGACGCGGUCCAUCCGGUAACGGGCCAGCCCCCCGUUCCGUUGUACCUCAUCAAGGAGGUAAACGGCACGUCAUCCUCGGAGGAAGGCACGGAAUUGCCGCGUCUGCUGGUAAACAUUUCCAUCGCCACCGAUCACGGUUCGGGCACGGUGCAGCAUUCCGUGUACGUCCUGCAGGUGUCCAUACCGACACCGGCCGAACACAUGCCCGCCGCAGCGGAUGAACCGAAACCGGCCAACCUCGAGCAGCCAGCCGGGCCCCAGUGUCCACCGGAACCACCGCCGGCACCACCGUGUCCAAUCAGAUGUCCCACCGAUUCGCUGUUCGCUCGCUAUCGCGUCGUCGACGUGCAGGAGGACGACAGCGAGUUCGUGGAGGUCGAUGAGGAUGGGGUGGUGGGUGGCGGCGGUCACCGGGAUGAGUAUGAACUUUCCACCGAAUCACCCGAAGCACUGGAAGCCAACGAUGGUUUGACGCAAGAAUUCACCACAGCGCCACGGUCGGAACUGCAGGCACUUACUGACGGUGAUGAUGAUGAUGCUACGACCUCCACCACGAUACCGUCGACCACAUCCGCAGCGCAAUGUCCCGAGGUAACGCCACCGCCCAUUCUCAUCCUGGAAGGUGCACGAACAUUCCCAGCGCGAAGCUUCCCACCGGACGGUACCACCUUCUCGCAGAUCACCCUUGGCCAGCGGCUGUCGAAGGAGAUCCCACCGUACAGCUACUGGAACAUGCAGUUCUACCAGUCGGAACCGGCGUACGUCAAGUUCGAUUACAGCAUCCCCCGGGGCGCAUCGAUAGGUGUUUACGCGCGCCGUAACGCCCUGCCGACGCACACGCAGUAUCACUUCAAAGAGGUCCUGAGCGGUUUCAAUGCGCGCCAGACACGUGCCACUCAUCCAUCGAUGCGUCGCGAGGUCACACGCUACAUGGAACCGGGCCAUUGGUUCCUCUCAAUCUACAACGAUGACGGUGAUGCGCAGGAGAUUGCGUUCUACGCGGUGGUCGCCGAGGAUAUGACCCAGAACUGUCCGAACGGGUGUUCCGGCAAUGGUCAGUGUCUGCUCGGACACUGCCAGUGCAAUCCUGGCUUCGGUGGUGACGAUUGCAGUGAGAGUGUCUGUCCAGUGCUCUGCUCGCAGCGUGGCGAAUACAUUAACGGCGAAUGUCAGUGCAACCCGGGCUGGAAGGGCAAGGAGUGCUCGCUGCGCCAUGACGAGUGCGAAGUACCGGACUGCAAUGGGCAUGGGCACUGUGUCAGCGGCAAGUGUGGAUGCGUCCGUGGCUACAAGGGCAAAUACUGCGAAGAAGUGGACUGUCCCCAUCCGACCUGCACCGGGCAUGGCUUCUGUGCCGAGGGUACCUGCAUCUGCAAGAAGGGCUGGAAGGGACCGGACUGUGCCACGAUGGACCAGGACGCGCUGCAAUGUCUACCGGACUGUUCCGGCCACGGUACGUUCGAUCUGGAUUCGCAAACCUGCACCUGCGAACCGAAGUGGAGCGGUGAGGACUGUUCGAAGGAGCUGUGCGAUCUGAACUGUGGACAGCACGGUCGGUGUGUCGGCGAAACCUGCAGCUGUGACGCUGGUUGGGGAGGCGAAUACUGCAACAAUAAGCUGUGCGAUCCACGCUGUAAUGAGCACGGACAGUGCAAGAACGGUACAUGUCUGUGCGUUACCGGUUGGAACGGCAAACACUGCACAUUGGAGGGAUGUCCGAAUGGUUGCUCCCAGCACGGUCAGUGUCACGUUAGUGGAGAGCUGAUGUGGGAAUGCCGCUGCUACGAAGGCUGGGACGGUGUGGACUGCUCGGUACCGCUCGAACAAAACUGUGGUGACAAUAAGGAUAAUGAUCGCGACGGUCUGGUCGACUGCGAAGAUCCCGAAUGCUGCGGUAGUCACUCGUGCAAGACGAGCCAACUGUGCGUCUCCGCACCGAAACCAAUCGAUGUGCUGCUGCGCAAGCAACCGCCCGCCAUUACGGCAUCGUUCUUCGAACGCAUGAAGUUCCUGAUCGAUGAGGGCAGCCUGCAGAACUACGCCAAGCUCGAAACGUUCAACGAAAGCGUUUUUUGGAAUCAUUUUAAUGCAAGCCGAUCGGCCGUCAUUCGAGGGCGCGUCGUCACCUCGCUCAACAUGGGUUUGGUGGGUGUGCGCGUCAGCACCUCGACACCGCUGGAAGGCUUCACGCUCACCCGGGAUGACGGUUGGUUCGAUCUGAUGGUGAACGGGGGCGGCGCGAUAACGCUCCAGUUCGGCCGCUCGCCGUUCCGGCCCCAGACGCGCAUCGUGCAGGUACCGUGGAACGAGGUCGUCAUCAUCGACACGGUGGUGAUGUCUACGUCGGACGACAAAUCGCACCAUGGGCCACCGCACACCUGCUUUUCGCACGAUUACGAUCUCAUGAAGCCGGUCGUGCUGGCCACGUGGAAGCACGGAUUCCAGGGUGCCUGCCCGGAUCGGAGCGCCAUCCUGGCGGAGUCGCAGGUCAUCCAGGAAUCGCUCGCCAUCCCCGGCACCGGUCUGAACCUCGUCUACCAUAGCUCCCGUGCGGCUGGGUAUCUGUCGACGAUUAAGCUGCAGCUGACGCCGGACACGAUCCCACCGACGCUGAAGCUCAUCUAUCUGCGCAUCACCAUCGAGGGCAUACUGUUCGAGCGCGUGUUUGAGGCAGAUCCCGGCAUUAAGUUCACCUACCCGUGGAACCGGCUCAACAUCUACCGGCAGCGUGUGUACGGCAUCACCACGGCGGUGGUGAAGGUGGGCUACCAGUACACCGACUGCAAGGACGUGGUGUGGGACGUGCAGACGACGAAGCUGAGCGGGCAUGACAUGAGCAUCUCGGAGGUGGGCGGUUGGAACUUGGACAUCCACCAUCGGUACAACUUCCACGAGGGCAUCCUGCAGAAGGGCGACGGUUCCAACAUCUAUCUGAAGCAUAAGCCGCGCGUUAUUCUUACCGCGAUGGGCGAUGGACAUCAGCGGCCGUUGGAGUGCGGGGAUUGCAACGGUGUGGCCACCAAGCAACGUUUGCUGGCACCGGUAGCGCUGGCCGCAGCUCCCGACGGUAGUCUGUACGUGGGAGACUUCAACUACAUCCGGCGGAUCAUGAUCGACGGUACGGUGCGGACGGUGGUGAAGCUGAACGCAACACGCGUGUCCUACCGCUACCACAUGGCGCUGAGCCCGCUCGAUGGUUCGCUGUACGUUUCCGAUCCCGAAUCGCAUCAGAUCAUCAAGGUGCGCAACAAGGACGACACACACGAUCCCGACCACAACUGGGAACCGGUGGUGGGCAGUGGCGAACGGUGCCUGCCCGGCGAUGAGGCUCACUGCGGCGACGGAGGGCUGGCGCGGGAUGCGAAGCUUGCGUACCCGAAGGGCGUUGCCAUCUCGUCGGACAACAUCCUGUACUUUGCGGACGGCACCAACAUACGGAUGGUCGAUCGGGACGGUGUGAUCAGCACGCUGAUCGGCAAUCAUAUGCACAAGUCCCACUGGAAGCCGGUACCGUGCGAGGGAACGCUCAAGAUAGAGGAGAUGCAUCUGCGGUGGCCGACGGAGCUGACGAUUAAUCCGCUGGACGACACGCUGCACAUCAUUGACGACCACAUGAUACUGCGCAUGACACCGGAUGGCCGUGUUCGGGUGAUUGCCGGCAGGCCGAUGCACUGUGCCACUGCUGGUGGCAGCGGACCUGGAACGGGUUUGAGCACGGGUGGAAGCGGAGCGGCAUCGGCGGCACUGAACUACGACACCGAUCUGGCCAUUCAUGCGACACUCGUAAUGCCGCAGAGCAUCGCCUUCGCACCGUCGGGUGAUCUGUACGUGGCGGAAAGUGACUCACAGCGCAUCAACCGCAUUCGGGUGAUCGGAACGGAUGGAAAGAUUGCGCCGUAUGCCGGUGCGGAAUCGAAGUGCAACUGUCUCGAGCGUGGCUGUGACUGCUACGAAGCGGACCACUAUCUGGCGAUCAGCGCCAAGUUUAACACGAUCUCCGCCAUUACGGUGACGCCGGACGGGCACGUCCACAUUGCCGAUCAGGCGAACUAUCGCAUCCGGUCGGUUAUUUCCAGCUUGCCAGAGGCCGGCACCUCGAAGGAGUACGAGAUCUAUGCACCGAACGCGCAGGAGAUCUACGUGUUUAAUCGCUUCGGUCAGCAUAUCGCCACCAAGAACAUUAUGACCGGUGAGACGGUGUACAGCUUCCUGUACAAUGUCAACACGUCGAAUGGCAAGCUGAGCACGGUGACCGAUGCGGCUGGCAACAAGGUGUUCCUGCUGCGCGAUUACACCUCCCAGGUGAACUCGAUCGAGAACACGAAGGGCCAGAAGUGUCGGCUGCGCAUGACCCGCAUGAAGAUGCUGCACGAGCUCAACACGCCGGACAACUACAACGUGACGUUCGAGUAUCACGGUCCGACGGGAUUGCUGAAGACGAAGCUCGACUCGACCGGACGCUCGUACGUGUACAACUAUGACGAGUUUGGACGUUUGACAUCGGCCGUCACGCCAACCGGCAAGGUGAUCGAUCUUACGUUCGAUCUGAGCGUACAGGGCGCCACCGUCAAGGUGACGGAGAAUUCGCAACGCGAGGUGUCGAUGCUGAUCCAGGGAUCGUCGGUUGUGUCGAAGGUUGGGGAGGCCGCCACCAAAACGACGGUUCUGCUCGAUGGAGGCACCACAAGCGUUUCACCGUGGGGCAAUGCCGUUUCGGUGGAGUCGGUGCCGUACGUACUGCUGGCGGAGGUAGAUCCACUGCUAGGCGAAAGCUACCCCGUGCCGUCGAAACAACGCACCGAGAUUAAUGGUGAUCUUUCCAACCGUUUCGAGUGGCGCUACUUCAUCCGCCAUGUACCGGUAAGGGGGAAGAAUGCCCGCACGCUAACCCAGGUCGGUCGAAAGCUGCGCGUGAAUGGUGAGAAUCUGCUCACGUUCGAGUACGAGAAGGACACCUCCUCUAUCACGGUGUCGGUGGACGAUAAGACAGAGCUGCUGAACGUGACGUACGAUAAGUCGUCGCGUCCGAUCGCCUACCGGCCGCAGUCGGGCGAGUACGCCGAUGUAGACCUCGAGUACGACCGUUUCGGGCGGCUGAUCUCGUGGAAGUGGGGUAAUCUGAAGGAAGAAUACACGUUCGAUCGUGCGGGUCGGCUGAAUGAGAUCAAGUACGGCGAUGGUAGCUCCAUUGUGUACGCGUUCAAGGACACCUUCAGCAGUCUGCCGCUCAAAGUAACCACACCGAGACGCUCGGACUAUUUGCUGCAGUACGAUGAUGCCGGGGCGUUGCAAUCACUGACGACUCCACGCGGCCACAUCCACGCCUUCUCACUGCAAACGUCGCUCGGGUUCUUCAAGUAUCAGUACUACUCGCCGAUCAAUCGCCACCCGUUUGAGAUCCUGUACAGCGACGAGGGUCAAAUACUGGCCAAGAUUCAUCCGCACCAGAGCGGCAAGGUGGCCUUCGUGCACGAUACCGCUGGACGGCUGGAGACCGUGCUUGCUGGGCUGUCUUCCACGCAGUACACCUAUCAGGAGAGUACGAGUCUGGUGAAGCAGGUGGAGGUGCUCGAGCCGGGCUUUGAGUUGCGCCGCGAGUUCAAGUACCACGCGGGUGUUCUGAAGGACGAGAAGCUUAAGUUCGGCUCGAAGAGUGGAUUGGCUUCGGCACACUUCAAAUACCAGUACGAUGGUAAUGCGCGGCUGAGCGGCAUCGAAAUGGACGUUAAUGGCAAGGAGCUACCGAUCGUGCGCUUCAAGUACGGUCCUGCUCAGGGCACGCUGGACGCGGUAAGCGAUCUGCGCAUUACGCGCAAUGCAUUCAACCGUACGGUCGUACAGGACACCUCCAAGCAAUUCUUCACGAUCACCGACUUCGAUGAGCACGGACGCGUGAAGAGUGUUCUGAUCAACAUCAAGUCGUUCGAUGUGUACAGGCUGGAGCUCGACUACGACCUGCGCAACAGAAUCCGAACGCACAAGGUGAUGGUGGGGCGCUCAACCUCGCUGGACAAGGUGAACUACAACGCGGAUGGCCACGUGAUGGAGGUGGUUGGAACGAACAGCUGGAAGUACGUGUACGACGAGAAUGGCAACAUUAUUGGAAUUCUGGAGCAGGGUGACAAGACCAAUCUGGGCUACGAUACGGGCGAUCGGGUGGUGCAGGUUGGAGAUGUCGAGUUCAACAGCUACGAUGCGCGUGGUUACGUGGUGCGCCGGGGUGAGCAGAAGUAUCGCUACAACAAUCGCGGCCAGCUGAUACACGCGAUGGAGCGCGAUCGUUUCCAGACCUGGUACUUCUACGACGAUCUCGGCCGGCUAGUGGCUUGCCACGAUGAGAAGGGUAACGUGACGCAGUACUUCUACGCCAACCUGAACGCACCGGAGCUGAUCACCCACAUCCACUACCCGAAGGCUGGACGUACGUCGCGACUGCUGUACGACGAUCGUCACAUGCUGAUUGCGAUCGAGACGGGCGAUCAGCGGUACUACGUGGCGACGGAUCAGAAUGGCUCACCGAUCGCACUGUUCGAUGUUGGCGGAGCAAUUGUGAAGGAGAUCCGCCGGACUCCGUUCGGUAAAAUCGUGAAGGACACCAACCCGGGCCUGUUUGUACCGAUCGACUUCCAUGGUGGGUUGCUCGAUCCUAACACGCGACUAGUGUAUAUGGAACAGCGGCUGUACGAUACCGGCGUCGGCCAGUGGAUGACCCCGGCCUGGGAGCAGCUGGCCACGGAGAUGCGCCACCCGACGGAUGUGUUUAUCUACCGCUUCCACAACAACGAUCCCAUCAAUCGGCGCGAACCCGAGGGCAACUACAUGAACGAUCUGCGCUCCUGGUUGAAGCUGUUCGGGUACGACGUCACGAAGAUGCAGGGUUCUCGCUAUACCCGCGACAUGAUCUACCGGCCAACGGCGACGAUCAAGUCGCCGCAGCUCGCACCCGACUUUGGCGUCAUGUCCGGUCUGCAGUGCAUCGUCGAGAAGGUGGACGAGAAGUUUGCCGACUUUGGUUUCAUCCCGAAGCCGCUGCUGAAGAUGGAGCUGAAGACGCGCAAUCUGCUACCGCGCGUUGCCUACCGUCGGGGCGUGUUCGGGGAGGGCGUACUGAUCUCACGCAUCGAUGGCCGUGCGCUGGUGAGCGUAGUGGACGGUUCGAACAGUGUCGUGCAGGAUGUGGUGUCGUCCGUGUUCAACAACUCGCACUUCCUCGAUCUGCACUUUAGCAUCCACGAUCAGGACGUGUUCUACUUCGUGAAGGACAACGUGAUGAAGCUGCGCGACGAUACGGAGGAGCUGCGACGGCUCGGCGGUAUGUUCAACAUUUCCGCGCACGAAAUUAACGACCAUGGCGGGGCGAACGGUAAGGAGCUGCGGCUGCACGGUCCGGACGCGGUCGUCAUCAUCAAGUACGGCGUCGAUCCGGAACAGGAGCGGCACCGCAUUCUGAAGCACGCCCACAAGCGGGCCGUUGAGCGCGCAUGGGAGCUGGAGAAGCAGCUCGUUGCCGCGGGCUUCCAGGGCCGUGGCGAUUGGACCGAGGAAGAAAAGGAAGAGCUCAUCUCGCACGGUGACGUCGAUGGGUGGAUCGGUGUGGACAUUCACAGCAUCCACAAGUAUCCGCAGCUAGCGGACGACCCGGGCAACGUCGCGUUCCAGCGUGACUCCAAGCGCAAACGGCGGAAGAGCGGUGGAACGGCCAGUGGUGGUGGCGGCGGUGGCAGUCACAAGGCAAAGCGUGAGCAUCGCCACGAGACGAUCAUACUGCCGCUACCGGUGGCAUCGGUUGCACCGUCCCCAUCCGUACCGACGUCUUCGAUGUCGUCCGCGACGUCUACAUCUGCGUCGGCACCAUCGCUGCCGUCGUCGGCGGUGUCAUCUUCGCCCACUUCGCCAUCGUCCUCGGUGCCAUCCUCGGUACCGGCCGUCGUAGGGACCGCAUCGGCCGCCACGGUACGGCCGAGUGUUCCAACGUGAAGCCUAACGACCGUUGGGCGCUAAGAGUCGAUGCGCUGAGGGAGGAUGUUCUAGAUAUUGUGAUAUACAUAGGAUUUACUUUCCUUCCGCCCCCCGUACCUUUCGGUUCCGUCAGUGUUGUUUGUUUUCUUUUCACCCCCGUAAUAUUGGUUAAGCUAAUCCGGUGUGCAAGUAGAGGUUGAUGAACCAAACAAAACGCAAAUCAAAACCCCAAUGUCUCCCGCAAGUAACCCCCGUGUUGGAGUCCUCCUCCUAUGGAGCUCAGCAGGGGUUUUGCGUUUCCAAAUGGUAAAAAGAUGUCGAUCCGUGAAGGGGGGCAGAAAAAAAAACUAAACUCACACAAACACACGAGCACGAUCGCUGAUCAUUCAUUCAAGUUUGCUUUUAGCAAGGAUGUGCAGAGUGGCCACGUAUAGGACGCUCCCAUCUCUCCCCGCACAUGGCAAGUAGAUAUUAUUAGCGGCAAUGAGGAGAAGAGGUGUAUAGUUGUAGGUAAUUAGCACACAGUGGAGUAGAUAAUUUAGGGCAGUCAACGCGGUGUAUCCCUUCCGAAACUCCCAGUGGGAGCGCGUGUUUGUAUCGAUCGGUGUCGUUACAGUGCCAUUAGACGAUCGGUUUUGUUCGGUUCCGAGUCAUAAACUGCAGCAGUCAUCUAGGAGGUAGUAGGUAAAGCGAGCUGAAUCUCUUUAUUUUAACUCAUAUACCAUAGAAGAUUUUAAAGGUGAGCAGACGAAGGUUCGUUUGGUUCUUCUGCCAUCCUCUAUGUGUGUGCGUAGGGCAGGGUUACUCUCUCCCCCGGUGAUCGUUGGGUGCAUCUUGAAGCGUGACGUAUUAGUACAGUUUAGCCGUGCCAUAAUCGUACCGAUCCACUACAAACGUGAAUAGUAUUGCUGCGUCACAGCUUCGGUGUAUUCGGCAC